UUCUUAAUACUCCAAUUAACGAUCCAUCUCCUGAAUCUUCUAGCCCUAGAUUUAAAAUGUAUAUGUGGAGAUCUACAGAAAAGAUCAACGAUGUAAGCCAAACAUUUAAUAUAAUCACCUCUUGUCGACAAUUGCCAUGUCAAAGUGGAAGAGUAGUUUCUCCAAAUUCAUAUUACUUUGGAUUAGUAAUAAAAAGUUUUAACGCAGUAUCAGUGAAAGUUCGUUUUGAUGUUUUCUGGAAUAUUAAUUGUGCCUUAAGCAAUAAUUCUACAAGUAAUAAUUCUACAAGUAAUGAUUCUACAAGUAAUAAUUCUACUUCAAGCAAAACUAGUGAUGGAACCA